GUUUAUUCGGCCGGCGGCUUGGGCGACCCGGCAGAGAGGUGUCGAGCUGCGGCGAGAUGGACGGCGGCGGCGGGAGGGGCAGGGAGCUGGAGAGGCUGCGGGCGGAGAGGGAGGAGCUAGACGCCCGCAUACGGCUGCUCGAGUCGGAGAUCGAGACCGGCUCUGCCGCUCCGGCGGGAGAGGCCGGAGGGCCGGCGGCGGGGGUGGGAGACGGCGGUGGCGGUGCGUGCCAGGCGUGCCCUGGGCUCGCGCAUGCCGAUUCCCUCCCGGCCGACAUGAUCUACCGCUACAGCCGCCACCUCCUCCUCCCGGACUUCGGGGUCGAAGGCCAGCGGAAGCUCUCCCGGUCAUCGAUUCUGGUGGUCGGCGCCGGAGGGCUGGGCUCGCCCGUGGCGUUGUAUCUAGCAGCUUGCGGCGUUGGGAUCCUGGGCAUUGUCGACGGUGAUGAUGUCGAACUGAACAACCUUCAUCGACAGAUUAUCCACCAAGAAGCAUAUAUUGGAAGAUCGAAAGUGAAGUCAGCAGCUGAUACUUGCCGUGCGAUUAAUUCAUCUAUUAAGGUGGUAGAACAUCAUCAUACAUUGAAACCAAGCAACGCUUUGGAGGUUGUGAGGAAAUAUGACAUAGUUGUUGAUGCAACUGACAAUCUUCCUACGCGGUACAUGAUCAGUGAUUGUUGUGUAUUGCUAAACAAGCCUCUUAUAUCAGGUGCAGCAUUAGGUUUAGAAGGACAGCUGACUGUUUAUCAUCAUAACGGAAGUCCAUGCUACCGGUGUCUUUUCCCAAAUCCACCACCAGUGGCAGCUUGCCAGAGAUGCUCAGACAGUGGUGUUCUUGGGGUUGUUCCGGGAGUGAUUGGCUGCCUUCAAGCCCUAGAGGCUAUAAAGGUUGCAACUGAUAUUGGUGAACCUCUAAGUGGAAGAAUGCUACUCUUUGACGCACUAUCUGCUCGUAUUAGAAUUGUUAAGAUUCGAGGAAGCUCGCCUGUUUGUACUAUUUGUGCAGAAAAUUCAGUUUUCACGCAAGAAGAUUUUCAGAAGUUUGAUUAUGAGGCCUUCACACAAUCCCCAAUGUCUGACAAGUCGACACUGAGCCUGAACCUGUUACCGGAAAGUGCCCGCAUCACGUGUACGGAGUAUAAAAGGCUGAUCGACAAGGGCGAACCUCACGUGCUGCUGGAUGUACGGCCUGCUCAUCAUUUCCAAAUAGUUUCACUUUCCCGGUCUCUGAACAUACCACUCUCCGUUCUGGAGGAGAAGCUGCCUAUGCUCGAGACCUCAAUGAAGGAAACUAUGGAUGCCUCCGCCGCCUCAGAUAAACAGCCUUCCUUGUACGUUGUCUGCAGAAGAGGCAACGACUCACAGAGCGCUGUCCAGCUUCUCCGCGAGAAGGGCUUUCACUCCGCCAAGGACAUAGUCGGUGGCCUGCAGUCUUGGGCACAAGACGUCGAUCCUGAUUUCCCUGCAUACUAGCAAAGUGCAUUUUAUGCUUCUUUCUGGAGUUCCAGCCUUAAUAUUGGACAUGAUUGUUGAGCUUCAGAUCAUUGUUUUGCAUGACGUUGGCUUACUUGAGCUAUCUCCAAAGAUCUUGUGGAGUUGUAGUAAGAUACUGCAGCAGUUUUACAGGCGCGAGGCUUCCUGGUGAAGUUUCCGUGGAAGGUGUUUCAUA